AUGGAUAAGGUGCUUGAGGAGAACAUACGUGGUAACAAUGAAGUAGUGGUUCAAGGUAGAAGGAAUGCAUCCAUAGAUCUUUGGAAUGGUAUGAACAUCAAAGAGUGCAUGCUUAGACUCAAGUCGUGCAAUCUUUGGUUGAAGGAAGGGGAUAGGAAUUCUAGGUUCUUUCAUAAUUCUAUAAAGGAGAGACAAAGACGCAACUCUAUUACUUCAUUAGAAGGUGAAGUUGGUAGAGUUGAAGGAGUUGUUAAUAUUAAAGAGGAGAUUCGUGGUUAUUUCCAUAAUUUCUUUAAGGAAUUCGAUUUUGUUAGACCGGUUCCGGAAAGUCUUUCUCUUAAUAGGUUGGAGGAGAGUGAGGCGGUUUGGUUGGAGCGAGAGUUCUCGGAAGAAGCAAUUAGAGCGGAGGUUUGGUCUUGUGAUGGUAAUAAAAGUCCCGGGCCGGAUGGUUUGUACAAGAUCUUGGCAAAGUUGUUGGCGGCUAGAUUGAGGAGUGUGGUGGGAAAGUUGGUCUCGAACAAUCAAACAGCUUUCAUUCCGGGAAGAAACAUUUCGAAUGGCGUUCUUAUAGUUAAUGAGGUGUUAGACUUAGAUAAAAGGGAGAGGAGAAGUUGUAUGGUGUUGAAAGUAGACUUUGAGAAGGCUUAUGAUAAAGUAAGUUGGAACUUUGUUAGAUAUGUCUUAAAAAGAAUGGGGUUUGGAAAGAGGUGGUUGAGAUGGAUGGAUAGUUGUAUUUUCACCAACACGAUGUCGAUUCUUGAUAAUGGGAGUGCUACUAAAGAAUUUGUGGUGGAGAAAGGCCUUCGUUAA